UUUAUACCCAUCCUAAUUUGCUUUAAUAAAAAAACAAAGCCUCGAAAUGGAUCCCGAAGAGUUGGAAGCAAGAAAGUAUUUAGGAGUAAAAUUGUCUUAUGGCCAUAACUUGGAUUGUAUUUUCUCGCAUUCAGACGACAAAUUGCAAAAUCCAACCUUCGUUCCUCUUUUUGAUCAACUCCUUGAUGGGGUCUCAUUCAACCAAGGAACUCGAAAAUUCAGACUGAAUCAGCCGACAAACAGUAAUCGAGUGUUUAUAUUACCCAAAGCCCUCUCAAUAGCUUGGGUUAAUGACACCCGAUACUGGAAAUGGAUAAUCGUGACCGACAAUCGUAAUGAAGUGGAAGCCCCUCAGCUUAUACAAGUAAGUUGGUUUGAUAUUCAUGGAUCAGUGAAGGCGUCAUGGCUCUCAUCAAGAGUUGUAUAUUUGGUAGCAUUUUUGGUAAUGCUCACUGAAGAUGCCUCCGGAUGGAAUCAUCAUGUGAAUUUGACAAUCAAGAAGCCAAACGGGUGCACGGUUGAGACCAAAGUAAGCCUCGAGGGGAAGCCGAAAGGCGAGUUUUUCGAGGUGUGGGCAGGAGACUUCAUACUCGAUAACUGUGGAUGUGGCGAUAGCGGCGUGGUCGAGUUUGGCAUGUAUGAACAUGGAGGGCAUUGGAAAAGAGGGUUGAUUGUGAAAGGUGUUGUGAUUCGAUCAAAGGCCUCAGCUGGCUGCCCACAUGAGACCUUGUCCUUGGUCCAAGGCCUCAACUGGCUGCGCCCAUGCAACCUCGGUCAAAGGCCUCAGCCGGCUGUCCACCUGCUACCACAAUCAAAGGCCUCAGCUGGCUGCCCACAGGCUAAUGUGUGACACAAAUUCUCUCUUUUGAACUCAAAGUACUGUGUAUUUUGGUUUAAAAAAUGAGAAGCAAACAAGUAUACGUUUUAAAACCAACUAUAAAUGGUAUGUAAUAGCAUUAAAAGAUAAAUAAUAGAACCGUUUGCGUACUAGCAAGACGGUUGUGUUUUUAGCA